AGGGCCUCAAAAGGCGUCGUGAACAAGCGAGACUUCAUCUUUCCCCUCGAAUCUAGAUCUUCAAGAAAUGGGUCGCCGUCCCGCUCGCUGCUACCGAUACUGCAAAAAUAAGCCGUAUCCAAAGUCCCGCUACAACCGUGGUGUGCCGGAUUCCAAGAUUCGUAUCUUCGACUUGGGCCGCAAGCGUGCCUCCGUUGACGAGUUUCCCUAUUGCGUUCACCUUGUCUCCGACGAGUACGAACAGCUGUCAAGUGAGGCUCUUGAAGCUGCUCGAAUCUGCGCGAACAAAUAUGUCACGAAGACCUCUGGAAAGGAUUCAUUCCACUUGAGAGUCCGCGUCCACCCGUUCCAUGUGCUUCGCAUCAACAAGAUGCUGUCAUGUGCUGGUGCCGAUCGUCUCCAGACUGGUAUGCGUGGAGCGUGGGGCAAGCCUUAUGGAACUGUUGCACGUGUUAACAUUGGCCAGAUAAUUCUCUCUAUCCGCACUAAAGAUGCGAAUGCUGCGGUCGUCAAUGAGGCGCUUCGUCGGGCGCGUUACAAGUUCCCUGGUCGUCAGAAGAUAAUCGUUUCUCGCAAGUGGGGUUUCACCAACGUCAAUCGGGAGGACUAUGUGAAGCUGAAGGAGGACAAGCGUGUACUUCAGGAUGGUGCCUACGUCCAGUACAUUCGCCCUCGUGGUCCCCUUGAGGCUAACCUCCGCGCCCAGCUGAGGGCUUGAUUAUUUUCAUUGCUCUGUAUUCACACCACCGUAUAAAUGCGAUGUCCUGUAUACGAGUGAGGACUUUGUCACGAUCGAUCGCUGUGCUUGCCUCAUAUUCACUACAUCAACUUGAAUAGUGGUUGAUGGUUAGGGGAAACGGGGCACAUAUCAUACUCUCAUCAAUUUCUCAUGGAUGACAUAUUCUGCAGCUGUGUUGGAUCAUGUUUGGGAGAUUUGAGGACAUCCUAUGUAUUGAUGUUAUGGUAGUCUUAAUACUAUGUAGCACAG